AUAAAAAAAAAGAAGUAACCCCUUUCUUCAACCUGGAAGUCUAAAACAAAGUCCUCGAAAUAGCGCCACCGCACUACCGCCGCACCUCCCUAAUGCCCAAUCACACCGCCGUCUUCUAACUCCUCCGAUGAACAGCGUCUCAGAAGACAUGAAUUUGUCAACCAUUCCAAAAGUUGAAGUUGUAGAGAAAUGUGUAAACAAUAUCCAUGAAAAUAUUGUUCAACAUGGGGAAGGGGAAGAGUGUGUUGUUGAUUAUACACCGCAUUUAGAAAUGGAGUUUGAAUCCGAGGUAGCGGCGUAUGAAUUUUAUAAUGAGUAUGGCAGGGUAACUGGAUUUGGUAUUCGUCGAGAAUAUGGAAAUAAAAGUAGAAAAGAUGGAACUUUGACUUCGAGAAGAUUCACAUGUUUUAAAGAGGGUAAACGGAUUGUUGACAAUCGGAGCAACUUGGUAAAAGAGGGUAGAGUAGAAACUAGAACGGGAUGUAAUGCUCGUAUGGUUAUUUCACUUGAUCGAAAGAUUGGGAAAUAUAAGGUUGUUGAUUUUGUAGCUCAACAUAAUCAUGCUCUUCUACCGCCAGGGUAUGUUAAUAUGAUUCGCUCCCAUCGACGCAUAUCUGAGUCACAAACAUCUCAAAUUGCAAUGGGUGAUGAAUCUAGAUUAAAACAAAAAGUUUUUCGAAAAGAAGUUUCCAAGCAAGUUGAUGGAAUGGAUGAUAUUGGUUAUACAAGACAAGAAAGGAAGAAUUAUCUUCCAACUAGAAGGGCGCAGUCCUUAAUGUAUGGUGAGGUAGGUGCUUUGUUGAUGCAUUUUAAACAACAAAGUGAAAAUCCUUCGUUCUUUUAUGAUUUUCAAUUAGAUGUUGAAGAGCAAAUAACAAAUAUAUUUUGGGCGGAUGCACAAAUGAUAAAUGAUUUUGGAUGCUUUGGUGAUGUCGUCAGUUUUGACACAACAUACAAGACAGAUAAGGAUUAUCGGCCCUUGGGAGUAUUUGUUGGACUAAAUAAUCACAAGCAAAUGAUUGUUUUUGGUGCAACGUUGCUAUAUGAUGAAACAAUUCCUUCUUUUCAAUGGUUAUUUGAAACUUUUGUCCAAGCAAUGGGUGGAGAAAAACCUAAAACCAUUAUAACUGAUCAAGAUGCUGCAAUGGCCACGGCUAUUUCUUUAGUUAUGCCAGAAACAUUUCAUGGAUUGUGCACUUGGCAGAUAAGAGCAAAUGCCAUGAAGCAUGUGAACCAUCUCUAUCAAAAGGGUUCACAAUUUUGCUCGGAUUUUGAAGCAUGCAUUGAUCUACAUGAAGAGGAAGGUGAGUUUUUGAAUGCAUGGAAUUGUUUACUUGCUGAACAUAAUGUUUCUAAAGAUUCAUGGCUUCAUACAAUUUUUCAACGGAAGGAAAAAUGGGCAUGGACGUACGUUAGAAAAAAAUUCUCAGCAGGUAUGCGUUCUAUUCAAUUAAGUGAGAGUUUUAAUUAUGAGUUGAAAAAUCAUUUGAAGUCAGAUUUAAAUUUAGUACAAUUUUUCACACACUUUGAAAGAGUUGUCAAUAAACAACGGAACAAUGAGUCAGAAGCCGAUUAUGAGUCAAGACACGAGUUGCCUAAAUUGAAAAUGAAAAGAGCUCCUAUGCUGGUACAAGCUGGAAGCAUUUACACUCCAACAAUCUUUGAAGAAUUUCAAGAGGAGUAUGAAGAAUAUCUAGGCACUUGCGUAAAGAAUUUGGAUGAAGGGUUGUAUGUUGUUACAAACUAUGAUAAUAGUAAGGAGCGGAUGGUAAUAGGGAAUCUUGAGGAUCAAAAGGUUGUUUGUGAUUGUCAUAAAUUUGAGACGUAUGGUAUCUUAUGCAGUCAUGCUAUAAAAGUUUUAGAUGUUUUGAAUAUUAAGUUAAUUCCUCAACACUAUAUACUGAAGCGAUGGACAAGAGAUGCAAGGUUAGGAAGUAAUCCAGAUUUAAAAAGGCAACAUAUUGAAUUGGAUAUAAAAGCCCAUUUCAUGGAGCGAUACAAUGAGUUAUGUCCUCGAAUGGUUAAAUUGAUCAACAAAGCAUCAGAAUCUCAUGAAACUUACACAUUUUUGUCCAAAGUUUAUGAAGAGUCUGAUAAAACAAUUGAUGAUAUGUCUGCUAAAAGGUUUGUGGGUGGAGAAUCACUUGAAAUGCGACAUGCAUCCAUAUCCAUCGGCAACGAAAAAAUUAACAACAAUGUGGAAACUGUUGAUGUUGAUGGAGAAAAGAGUAUAAAGAAGUCGAGAUUGCUCAAGUAACGCUAAGAAACAGUGUUGGACAUAAUUGAGCUGUCCCAGUAUCCUUUACUCAGAUCACAACAUCCAGAAGUGAAGUUUGCACUGCGUUACAUUGCACAUCUUUCAGAGUUGCGAAAUCGAGGUGAUGUUCUUGUGGAUUCCGUGAUGAAAUUGAAAGUCGUUGCUUCCUACUUCUCUUGGAUUGAUGUGCAUUUCUGAUCUUUAUUAUCUAAAAUGCUUAAAAGGAAAGUGUCUUCCGCGUCACAUUUCUCUUGAAAACCUUGAGAUUUCAGAUUGUCGCCAUGAAUCUUUACCAGAAAAAGGACUGUCUGCCUCUCAUUCGGUACUGACUAUUAAGUGCUGCCUUCUACCACAAGCAAGUUGUCAGAACAAUGGAGGGAAAGAGUGGCAUAAGAUUGCACAUAUGAAUAAUCAGCAAAGAAAGAAGCCAACUAUGAAUGUUCACAAGACUUGCUUUCCAAUAAGUUCUCAAGUCAUGGAAAUGUACAUUGCUGCCAAAGAUGAAUGGGAGGUUGAAGAAGUUGGUCGAGUCUUGGCUCAUCAAUUUCAUGUUUGACAAUUUGAUAACUCAUUUCAUGAAAUGCAAAAUGUAUAGGUUUUAUUUGGAGUGGAAAUGAAUGUAAUUUACAUACUCUCAUUAGGUUGAGCUUGCUGAAAGAGAAGAAAAUGAAAAUUAAGUAUAUUAUUUAGAUGAUCAAGUUUAUUAAUAGUAUUUGUUGAACUUCUUCAUUGUCGUUUUAAACUUUUUUUCCAUUAGUGUUGUGAGUUUAAUAAAGUUUCUCGUCAUUAAUUA